CCCGUGGAAGCUAUUUCUGUAAAACGGAAGCUGGUACAAUUCUGUGCAAACAUUAGAAACUGUAAGGCAUCCAAAGGGGUCAGGGUCACUUUGAAAUCUGGCAGUAAAAAUGCAAACCUUACAAACCUCUAGAGAGAUUAUGUAAAAUAACAACAAACCACUUUUACAAUUUUUUUUGACAUAGACUACCGUUCUGGCUUUUUUGAACAAGUGUGUUACUCUUUCAAACCUAAAAUUAAAGUGGUAUACAAAAAGCAAUAUUAUAUCACAUUCUUAAAAAUCAACGAGUACAUCAGUAUAAGCCAAUGUUUUGAUGAAAUCACAUAAAUUGCAUUUAUAUUGACAAUAAAUAAUUUCAUUUUCCUCUGUUAUGUGCCCAAAAUGUAAAUUCGUUUACUUAUCAUGUCCCACACAGCAAUUCACAAAUAUAUACACAGCAAUUGCCCAUUUGAUUAUGUUUGUAAUAAAGAUACGGGACCCAGUCUGUGAAAACCCAGCUAAAGUAACUUUUUUAGUUUACUGUUAUGAAAUCAUCCUACAUAUGUAAAGAACAUUCUGUGAAAAUAUAACCUUGAUAAUUUUAAUAUUAAAUGACUAAGAAAGGUCAUGUCAAAUAUUGAAAUUGAUGUUAAAUCAAUUAUUGAAAUCAAACUUUUAUGCUCCUAAUUGUCAUAAUUAGAUUAUGAGAUUUUAGAGUCACACAUUCUAGUCUGUAGUUAUCAAUGAUGGACAUAAUUAAAGUUGUAUUCCUUCAAGGCAUUCUCUAAAACAUUGCAAAAAAUGUAAUGUCUAUUAAAAGUAUAUAUUAUAAACUGUACAUAUUAUAAUUAUAUUAUAUAGAUUUUGAUAUAUUGAUAUUAUUUUCCAUCAAACUUUGAGUAGGCUAUACAGUAAAGUAUUGUCAGUGGAAUUAUUUCUGGCAAUACGUCAAUUUGCAGUGGUGCUCUUUAUGACCCACAUUGUCUAUAUAUCCUUUUUAAACACUGCUGAAGAUAACACUUCACAGAAAUUUUGACAAAAUUUCUCGUCAAGAAGCUACUUGAUAAGAGUAUAAAUUUAGCAAAUUCUUAUCAAAGGGUAACUAUUUUGAAAAUGCUAAAAUGUAAUAUAGUCCUAAUCAAUUUUGGAUGGUUUUAUAGACACAACAUUUGCCCAUAAUCACAUUCGUUUAUACAGCAUUUCCCGUUUCCUUCCACUUUGACACCUUGACAUGUGAGAGUAAAAAUAAGUGAAAGUCGCCUGCAGUUUCCUCCUCUGUUAACCUUAAAGACUGGGCUUUUCCCGAGAUCAGAAUUCCUGUGCUUGGUCGACGUCACAAGGAAUUCUGGGAAGGGAAGUUAUGAAGCAUAGCUGUGCAACCAUAUAAAUGCCCCAUCACAGUUAUUCCCAAACAGAACCAUCAUAUUAGUAAAAGAACUGCAGAGACACCGAAAGGAUCACAUCACUAACAAUGAGCUUCAAAAUACUGUUACGUGGAGUCAACCGUUUGCAAUUUUUUGCUUCCCUUCUUCUUAUUUCUUCAGUGUUAAACAUGUGGACGGGCACUGAAGGCUGGUCAUACCAUCACUCAGACUUCACCAUGACCUGGGAAACGGCAAGAGACUGGUGCAGGGAGGGCUUCACAGACAUGGUGGCCAUCCAAAACAAAGAGGAGAUUUCUUAUUUAAACAGCUACUUGCCAAAAGUUUCUGGGUAUUACUGGAUUGGGAUACGCAAAAUUAAUGACACCUGGACCUGGGUGGGAACCAACAAGAAACUUACUGAUGAAGCUAAGAACUGGGCAAAAAAUGAGCCCAAUGGAAAGAAAUAUAAUGAAGACUGUGUGGAAAUAUACAUUAAGAGAGACGAGGAAGCCGGCAAAUGGAACGAUGAGCAGUGUUCGAAACGGAAGACUGCGUUAUGUUACACUGCAUCCUGCAAAGAUGGUUCAUGUGUCAGUAGUCAUGGCGAGUGCGUUGAGACUAUAAACAACCAUACAUGCUCAUGCUUUGAAGGUUUUUAUGGAGAGAUGUGUGAGAAUGUAAUAAAAUGCAAACCAGAGGACAUCACCAAACCAGAUCAUGGCACCUUCCACUGUUCUGAUCCUAAUGGAAACUUUUCAUAUGACUCUCUAUGUGAAUACUCCUGUGAUGAGGGUUAUAAACUAAAGGGUGCCAGUAUGGCAAAAUGCACCGCGACAACAGAAUGGUCGAGCAAACCACCAACCUGUGAACUUAUUCAAUGUUCAGAGCUGACCGCACCAAAUAAUGGGACAAUGCACUGUCACCACGAUCCCAAAGGCAACUUCAGCUCCCAAUCCACCUGUGAGUUUGCUUGUGAAGAAGGAUACACGUUACAAACAUCCAGCUCAUCUACGCUGCUUUGUGGAGCCACAGGACACUGGAAUGAUUCACAACCCAGCUGUGAAAUUAUAAAAUGCAAACUGGAGGACAUCACCACACCAGAUCAUGGAAUCGUCCAUUGUUCUAAUCCUAAUGGAAAGUUUUCAUAUGACUCUCAGUGUGAAUACUCCUGUGAUGAGGGUUAUGAACUAAAUGGUGCCAGUAUGGCGAGAUGCACCGCGACAACAGAAUGGUCGAGCAAACCACCAACCUGUGAACUUGUUCAAUGUUUAGAGCUGACCACACCAAACAAUGGGACAAUGAACUGUCACCACAACCCCAAAGGCAACUUCGGCUACCAAUCCACCUGUGAGUUUGCUUGUGAAGAAGGAUACACGUUACAAACAUCCAGCUCAUCUACGCUGCUUUGCGGAGCCACAGGACACUGGAAUGAUUCACAACCCAGCUGUGAAAUUGUAAAAUGCAAUCCCGAGGAUGUCACCACUUUACAUCACGGCAGUGUCCGAUGUUCUAAUCCCAAUGGAGAUUUUUCAUAUGACUCUGUAUGUGAAUACUCAUGUGAGGAGGGUUAUGAACUAAAGGGGUCCAGUACGAGAAAAUGCACUGCUACCACAGAAUGGACCAGCAAACCACCAACCUGUGAACUAAUAAAAUGCAAACCAGAGGACAUCACCACACCAGAUCAUGGCAGUGUCUAUUGUUCUAAUCCUAAUGGAAACUUUUCAUAUGACUCUCAGUGUGAAUACUCCUGUGAUGAGGGUUAUAAACUAAAGGGGGGCAGUAUGGCGAGAUGCACCGCGACAACAGAAUGGUCGAGCAAACCACCAACCUGUGAACUUGUAAAAUGCAAUCCCGAUGUCCUCACUUUACAUCACGGCAGUGUCCGAUGUUCUAAUCCCAAUGGAGAUUUUUCAUAUGACUCUGUAUGUGACUACUCAUGUGAGGAGGGUUAUGUACUGAAGGGGUUCAGUACGACAAAAUGCACUGCUACCACAGAAUGGACCAGCAAACCACCAACCUGUGAACUUGUUCUGUGUUCAGAGCUGAUCACACCAAACAAUGGGACAAUGCACUGUCGCCACAAUCCCAAAGGCAACUUUGGCUACAAAUCCACUUGUGAGUUUGCUUGUGAAAAAGGAUACACGUUACAAAUAUCCAGCUCAUCUACGCUGCUUUGUGAAGCCACAGGACACUGGAACGAUUCACAACCCAGCUGUAAAGUUGUAAAAUGCAAUCCUGAGGAUGUCAUCACUUUACAUCACGGCAGUGUCCGAUGUUUUAAUCCCAAUGGAGAUUUUUCAUAUGACUCUGUAUGUGAAUACUCAUGUGAGGAGGGUUAUGAACUGAAGGGGUCCAGUAUGAGAAAAUGCACUGCUACCACAAAAUGGACCAGCAAACCACCAACCUGUGAACUUAUAAAAUGCAAAUCGGAGGACAUCACCACACCAGAUCAUGGCAGUGUCUAUUGUUCUAAUCCUAAUGGAAACUUUUCAUAUGACUCUCAGUGUGAAUACUCCUGUGAUGAGGGUUAUAAACUAAAGGGUGCCAGUAUGGCGAGAUGCACCGCGACGACAGAAUGGUCGAGCAAACCACCAACCUGUGAAGUUGUUCAAUGUUCAGAGCUGAUCACACCACACAAUGGGACAAUGCAGUGUCACCAUAAUACCAAAGGCACCUUCAGCUCUCAAUCCACCUGUGAGUUUUAUUGUGAAGUAGGAUACACGUUACAAACAUCCAGCUCAUCUAUGCUGCUUUGUGGAGCCACAGGACACUGGAAUGAUUCACAACCCAGCUGUGAAAUUGUAAAAUGCAAACCCGAGGAUGUCACCACUUUACAUCACGGCAGUGUCCGAUGUUCUAAUCCCAAUGGAGAUUUUUCAUAUGACUCUGUAUGUGAAUACUCAUGUGAGGAGGGUUAUGAACUGAAGGGGUCCAGUUUGACAAAAUGCACUGCUACCACAGAAUGGACCAGCAAACCACCAACCUGUGAACUUGUUCAAUGUUCAAAGCUGACCACACCAAACAAUGGGACAAUGCACUGUCACCACGAUCCCAAAGGCAACUUCAGCUCCCAAUCCAGCUGUGAGUUUGCUUGUGAAGAAGGAUACACGUUACAAACAUCCAGCUCAUCUACGCUGCUUUGUGGAGCCACAGGACACUGGAACGAUUCACAACCCAGCUGUGAAAUUGUAAAAUGCAAUCCCGAGGAUGUCAUCACUUUACAUCACGGCAGUGUCCAAUGUUUUAAUCCCAAUGGAGAUUUUUUAUAUGACUCUGUAUGUGAAUACUCAUGUGAGGAGGGUUAUGAACUGAAGGGGUCCAGUACAACAAAAUGCACUGCGACCACAGAAUGGACCAGCAAACCACCAACCUGUGAACUUGUUCAAUGUUCAAAGCUGACCACACCAAACAAUGGGGCAAUGCACUGUCACCACGAUCCCAAAGGCAACUUCAGCUCCCAAUCCACCUGUGAGUUUGCUUGUGAAGAAGGAUACACGUUACAAACAUCCAGCUCAUCUACGCUGCUUUGUGGAGCCACAGGACACUGGAAUGAUUCACAACCCAGCUGUGAAAUUAUAAAAUGCAAACCGGAGGACAUCACCACACCAGAUCAUGGCAGUGUCUAUUGUUCUAAUCCUAAUGGAAACUUUUCAUAUGACUCUCAGUGUGAAUACUCCUGUGAUGAGGGUUAUAAACUAAAUGGUGCCAGUAUGGCGAGAUGCACCGCGACGACAGAAUGGUCGAGCAAACCACCAACCUGUGAACUUGUUCAAUGUUCAGAGCUGAUCACACCUAACAAUGGGACAAUGCAGUGUCACCAUGAUACCAAAGGCAACUUCAGCUCUCAAUCCACCUGUGAGUUUGCUUGUGAAGAAGGAUACACGUUACAAACAUCCAGCUCAUCUACGCUGCUUUGUGGAGCCACAGGACACUGGAACGAUUCACAACCCAGCUGUGAAAUUGUAAAAUGCAAACCCGAGGAUGUCACCACUUUACAUCACGGCAGUGUCCGAUGUUCUAAUCCCAAUGGAGAUUUUUCAUAUGACUCUGUAUGUGAAUACUCAUGUGAGGAGGGUUAUGAACUAAAGGGGUCCAGUACGAGAAAAUGCACUGCGACCACAGAAUGGACCAGCAAACCACCAACCUGUGAACUUGUUCAAUGUUCAGAGCUGAUCACACCAAACAAUGGGGCAAUGCAGUGUCACCAUGAUUCCAAAGACAACUUUGGCUACCAAUCCACCUGUGAGUUUGCUUGUGAAGAAGGAUACACGUUACAAACAUCCAGCUCAUCUACGCUGCUUUGUGGAGCCACAGGACACUGGAAUGAUUCACAACCCAGCUGUGAAAUUGUAAAAUGCAAUCCCGCGGAUGUCACCACUUUAUAUUACGGCAGUGUCCAAUGUUCUAAUCCCAAUGGAGAUUUUUCAUAUGACUCUGUAUGUGAAUACUCAUGUGAGGAGGGUUAUGAACUGAAGGGGGCCAGUACGACAAAAUGCACUGCUACCACAGAAUGGACCAGCAAACCACCAACCUGUAAAUUUGUUCAAUGUUCAGAGCUGACCACACCAAACAAUGGGGCAAUGCACUGUCACCAUGAUUCCAAAGACAACUUUGGCUACCAAUCCACCUGUGAGUUUUACUGUGAAGAAGGAUACACGUUACAAACAUCCAGCUCAUCUACGCUGCUUUGUGGAGCCACAGGACACUGGAACGAUUCACAACCCAGCUGUGAAAUUGUAAAAUGCAAUCCCGCGGAUGUCACCACUUUACAUCACGGCAGUGUCCGAUGUUCUAAUCCCAAUGGAGAUUUUUCAUAUGACUCUGUAUGUGAAUACUCAUGUGAGGAGGGUUAUGAACUGAAGGGGGCCAGUACGACAAAAUGCACUGCUACCACAGAAUGGACCAACAAACCACCAACCUGUGAACCUGUUCGAUGCCCAUCCCGUGAGAAUCCAGCCAAUGGUGUCAUGGUCUGCACUGAUUCAAGCUUUAUUUACGGGAGUAAGUGCAGCUACAGUUGUGAAGAAGGUUAUCGCCUCCAGGGGGCGUCAGAGAUCAGAUGUACAAAAACUGCAGAGUGGAGUCACGAACCACCUCGCUGUGAAGCGGUGGAUUGCCCACCUCUUUAUGAGCCUGUCAAUGGGGACAUGAACUGCACAUUGGAGGAACCCAUCUUUGGCACAGUCUGCAUCUUCAUCUGUCAUGAUGGUUACCAGCUUUACAAUAAUGAGUUUGUGAUGUGCAACCACAAUGGAAACUGGUCAGGGGAGGUAGCAGUGUGCUUAGCUCAACCUGGACCCUCAGCAUCGAGCUUUAAAGUGACAGAAGUGACAGUUGGGGUUUCAGCAGUUGUCGGGAGCUCUUGUCUGUUAUCAGUCCUUUGGAUACUGAAGAAAUUGAGACGUAACACUAAUAAGAUUGACAUGAGCAACUCUGAUACUGAGGAUCCUCCACAGGUUUAUAAGAACAGUCGGGACAGUCUGAUUUAGAGCAAUGACGGAGAUUGACUCAAGCAACUGUGAGACGCUGGCGGCCGCAUGUGCACUGCAGCAUUCGCAGUGUUGCCAGAUCCCAUUGUGAAAAAUCCCUUUUAGAGUUUAAUGUUUUAGCAAUAAUCUGACACUUCAAGAAAUGUAUAAAGUGAGAGUGUGCAGAUUAGUGUUAGCAAUGUCUCUGUUUUUUUUUCUGAAAUACAAGGUGUGAACUUAAUUUUUUACUUCAUGGCCUAUUUUAUGUUUUUGUACUAAUCUGGCAACAAGUACCUAAACAGUAAUCAAAUGGCACAUUAUUUAGCGUGGGCAGGUUAUUGCUGACAUAAUACUGCAUUCGGUAAGACACAGGUAAGAAUCAUCAUAAUUAUGUAUGUAAGAAACGCUUUUAACUCUAAAAAAUAAUUAGAAAAUAACACGGGUACAAAGAUGUAGAACAGUUGGGUUUAAACGAAAUAUGUCAAAUAUGUAAACAUUGGCCAUGAAGUUUUUAUUCAGUUUCACUAAUAAGAGCACUAAACAAAGUUCUUGUUUAUACAACCUAAUAUUGCUUAUUAAAACGAUUAAUAUAAUGCUAUAAUAGCAUUGUUGCAUAAAAAUAAAUAAAUUAUCCACUCU